UCCGGCUUCGGAUUUACCGGCGGCCGCUCGCGCUGCUUCACCUUCUGGCAAGAGUUCCAGAAGUGCUACUCUGUCGCGGAUCACCCUUCGGAGUGUGUACCUCAGAAGGACGACUACCUGGAGUGCUUGCAUCACGGAAAGGAGAUCGCUCGGGCAAAGCAAGUGAAGGAGCACUACAUCCACCACGAGAUCAAGAAGGCAAAGGAGCAACGUGAAAAGGGCGAGCAGAGGGCAACGGGAGGCGUGAUGAGGUUGGGUCUCAUCGACAGCGAUAGCGGGAGCGAG